AUGUCCGCCUCGUCAACAGACUCGAGAUAUGCAUCACGUAUUCAUAUCAAGGUUUGUUCAACCCCGCUCGAGAGACUCGAUACGGCAUAUAUUUCUUACGCCUCGCCUCGUGUAUCUCAUAGCAUUACAUUCCGACUAGCGGGAGGGACGUUACCUUGGCUUCUCUUCCUCCUCAUUCCCUCAUCCACCGCCAAUAUGAACCACGCUUCCGGAAUGGCGACAGAGCAGGGCAAAGACCUUUACAGGGUGUUUCCCAAACAAGAUACCGAUACCGCUGCAACUACGCAAUUCAUCAAGUCAACUGUCAACAAUCAGGACCUCCUCCCCUUGACCAACGUCCGUGGGCGGUUGAUGUCGUGGACAGUCGAGGCCGAGCCGAGCCAAGUUGCUCAGCUGGAGGAGCAUGAUGGCAUUGAUCGCGUGGCUAAGCUUAAGAGUCCAAAGAAAGACGAUCCUCUACAUCGAAAAUUCACCAUCUACCCCGUGGAUGGUCAGAACUUGGAUCAGUACAACGCAACCGAUGCCUCCAUCAAGGCCCUCCUCGAUGACAUGGUAAAGGAACCGAGGAUACGGGACAGCACGUUUCGAAGCUGGGUGGCCCUCUUGACCAAUGCUCAGGUGGAGCAAGUUGAAGCCAUUGAUGGCGUGAAAGCCGUGCAUCCAGUUUAUAAGGGAAGGCGAGGCGUGAUUCGUCGACUUCGAAAGCCAUCCUCUUCUCCAAAAGCAUCGAGCCUUUUGGAAAGACGAGAUAUCAUAUACGAGACGCAGCAGGAGGCUGCUCCUGAGUUGGUUGCCGCCAGCCAGCAGAGCAAAACAUUGGAUGGUGGCCAUGCAAGAGGAGAAGGCUAUGUGUACCACGUAGAGACAGAUGUAGCUUUCGUUUAG